AGUACGGCGCGUGCGCAGACCCAGGUACGCGUUGCGAUUUCUGUUUCUUCAGGUGAUUCGGAAUCUCUCAAGAACGUUAGGGACAGGAAAGCGAUCCUGGAGGCAGGAAAGCGAUCCUGAGGCCAGGUCCCGAGCAAGCAGAGCCACUUUCUUUAUGAGAACCUCGGGUUUAUUUCGUUUUCCUGCAACCCUGACCAGAAUAUUCACAGUGCCAUGGGGACUCCAGCUUUGGGAGAAGCUGAGGUUGUUAUCCCCAGGAAUAGCUGUCACCCCAGUCCCCAUGGCAGGCAAGAAGGAUUGCCCUGCUCUGCUUUCCCUGGAUGAAAAUGAACUCGAAGAGCAGUUUGUGAAAGGACAUGGUCCAGGGGGCCAAGCAACCAACAAAACGAACAACUGUGUGGUGCUAAAGCACAUCCCCUCGGGCAUCGUGAUAAAGUGCCAUCAGACAAGAUCAGUUGAUCAAAACAGAAAGCUAGCUCGGAAAAUUCUACAACAGAAAGUAGAUAUUUUCUACAAUGGUGAAAACAGUCCUGUUCUCAAAGAAAAACGAGAGGCAGAGAAGAAAAAGCAAGAAAGGAAAAAAAGAGCAAAAGAAACCCUAGAAAAAAAGAAACUACUGAAAGAACUCUGGGAAUCAAGUAAAGUAUCCACUGAGAAAAAAACUACAAAACUAACAGAAAUCUGCCAGGAAGCUUCCAGGGAAUAAUGGUGGUGAGUUCCAUCACCAGCAUUAUUAUAGAGUUUUUCAAGAAAUAUUUUUGACAGAUUUAAAAGACUUCAAAGUUUCUUAAGUGGGGUGGCACCUGUGGCUCAAAGGGGUAGGGCACCAGCCCCAUAUGCUGGAGGUGGUGAGUUCAAACCCAGCCCUAGCCAAAAACUGCAAAAAAAAAAAAAGUUUCUUAAAUGGUGGACUAAACUAGAGUGAAUAGAAAUGCACACUUCAAGAGUAAAACUAUAAAGAAAUACAAGGCAAUCAUUACUAUAAAAGGACAGUGGCUGCUUUGGGGGAGAAAAGGGGCUGUCAUUAUGAUGCCACUCUAGGGGGGGCUGACACGGUUCUAUUUCUUGUCCUGGGUGGUAGUCCAAAGGGUGUCCCAUUAUUUUCAGCUAUAUAUUUGUUCAUGUGAUUUUGUUAUGAAUUAGAAAUUAAAAAAAAUUGAAAAACAUGUUAAUAUUAGUAAGGUCUUUAAUUGUUUUUGUUUUGUUGUUUUAUUUAGAGACAGGCUCUUUGUCACACAGGCUGGAGUGCAGUGGCAUCCUUAAUAGCUCACCGCAGCCUCCAACCCCUGGGUUCAAGUGAGCCUCUGCCUCAGCCUGCCAAGUAGCUGGGAUUACACGUGCCCAUCACCAUGCCUGGCUAGUUUUUCUUUUUUUUUGCAGAGACAGGGUCUCAUUAUUGCCCAAGCUAGUCUCAAAUUCCUGGCUUCAAGUGAGCCUCCUGCUUUAGUCUCCCAAAAUGCUGGAAUUAUGUAUGUGACCCAUACAUGCCUGGCCAACAAGGUCCAUUUUUAUGGAGAACUGGAAAAGUGAGCCAAACAUUAAUAGCAUUUAAUGGUACUUUGUCAUCUGCUGGGUGGCCAUUGCUCAGGGAUUCUCAGAUGUUAUUUAUCCUACUGUCAGGCUAACAGAAUAAAGGAGAAAAAGAUGGUGAAAGAGUUAAAAGUCAGUUAUUUGUCCAUUUACUUCAUUACCUUGAUAGACUGUUGCCAAGUAAUGUCUCUAAUGCAGAAAUACACAUAUCCCUGAAUGUUGAUUUGCAAGUAGAUUUAUAAAAGUGGAAUCUGAAUUGUGAAUUUGCAUCACUCAAGCUGGAUUUGACCUUAC